GAAGCAUGGUUGUCCCGAAGGAGGGGGGCGGCGGCGGCGCCCACCGGGCCGGGGCCCUGAAACAGCAGAACAAGCCGCACAAAGCGGGCAGGCACCGCCGCAACAGCGCCCGGAGGCAUGCCGUCGGGGUCUCUGCCAAAACCCUCAGCUGUCAAAAGCGGCAGAACUUGGCCAAGUUGGAUCGCAAGCAUCGGGCAUCGCAGCUCCGUCAGCAGUCCAAGGAGGCGGUGCUGGCAGAGAAGCGAAACUUGGGCCGCAAGGAUGGGCCGCCACACCUGGUGGUUGUGGUCCCACUGCAUGCUAACAUUGACAGCCAAAGUGUCUUGCACCUGUUUCAAAGCAACGACUCUUCCGUUGUGCACCAGGCUGAGAGGGGUUUCCCAAGCUUCACCUUUCUGUGCUCCCGAACUAAGUUGCGAUGGCAGUUUGUGGUAGCUGACAGAGGGAACCUCCUUGCUGUCCUGGACCUUGCUAAAGUUGCUGACACCCUUCUUUUUGUGCUGGAUGUACUUGAAGGCUGGGAUACCAUUGGCAACAACUGCCUCUCCUGCAUAUUUGCACAGGGCCUCCCCAGCUAUGGCCUUGCUGUUCAAGGUCUUGCUGACCAGCCCCUGAAGAAACAAAUUGACUUGCAGAAAAAACUGAGGAAGAUUACUGAGAAGAGGUUCCCCGAGGCCAAGCUCUUCCCCCUCGACUCAGAGCAGGAGUCUGCACUCCUGCUGCAUCACCUGGCCACCCAGAAACAGCGGCACCUGGCAUUCCGGGACCGGCGAGCCCACCUGCUGGCUGAUGCUGUGGAAUUUGUAUUUGGGCCAGGCAGUGCCCUGGUGGGGACUCUGAAGGUGUCUGGCUAUGUGAGAGGGCACAGCUUGAACGUAAACAGUUUGGUGCAUAUCUUGGGCCAUGGGGACUUUCAGAUGAGCCAGGUGGAUGCCACUCCAGAGCCAUUUGUGCGGAACCUGAGAGGUGCUAAAGGGCAGCCUAGAAAAGGCCAUGGCAUGCAGGACAACCCUUUCGGCGGAGUGGCUGAGAUGGAGGAAGAUGUACAGGUCUUAAUGAGAGCUGAUCCUAGCAAGCAGGAGUCUCUGCAGUCAGAGAUCGUCCCCGAUCCCAUGGAUGGAGAGCAGACCUGGCCCACCGCGGAAGAGCUGAGUGAGGCAGCAGAAUGCCUCAAGCAGACCAAGAAGAUCUCCAAGAGGGUUCCCAAAGGCACUUCCGCCUACCAGGCCACCUGGAUUGUAGAUGAGCAAGAAGGCAAAAGUGGCAGUGAUGAUGAAGAUGAUGAGGCAAAUGAGAUGGAGGAAGAGAUGUUUAUAGAAGAGGCAGUCUCCCAGGAUGGGAGCAGCAGUGAGGAGGAGGAGGCAGUAACUACAGAGGAUGAAGAGUGCGAGUCUAUGGGGCUGCCAGAGACCGAAGAGGAUGCUGAGAAGAUGGAGGAAGAGGAGGCAGUGCUGGAGAAGUACCGGCGGGAGCGACAAGAUGAGAUGUUUCCAGAUGAAGUGGAUACUCCCCGGGAUGUGCCGGCCAAGAUCCGCUUCCAGAAAUACAGGGGACUGAAAAGCUUCCGGACAUCUCCAUGGGACCCCAGCGAGAAUCUGCCCAGGGACUACGCCCGGAUCUUCCAGUUCCAGGAUUUCUUCCAGACUAGGAAGCACGUCUUCCGACAGCUGGAGAAAGAGGACGACGAUGGAGCUGUGGUUGGCCGUUACGUGACGCUUCACAUUUGCAAUGCUCCGGCCUCUGUAAUGGAAAGUUUCCAAGAGCAGAUGCCUUUGGUGGUCUACGUACUGCUCCCUUAUGAGCAAAAGAUGUCUGUACUGAAUCUCCUGGUCAGGCGCUUCGCGGGCUACACUGAGCCUGUUCAGGCCAAGGAAGAGGUGAUAGUUCAUUGUGGAUUCCGCCGCUUCCAAACUUCGCCACUUUAUUCUCAGCACAGCUCAGCAUCCAAGUACAAGCUGGAGCAGUUUCUGCGGGCUGAUGGCACCACCAUGGCUACCAUGUAUGGCCCCAUCACUUUCCCGCCAGCUUCUGUGUUGUUCUUCAAGCAGAAGAGCGAUGGAUCACAUGACCUUCUGGCCACAGGUUCUCUCCACAGCGUUGACCCCAACAGGGUGAUCCUCAAACGGGUGGUGCUCAGUGGCCACCCUUUCAAGAUCCAUAGGAAGAUGGCUGUCGUGCGCUACAUGUUCUUCAACAGAGAGGACGUGUUGUGGUUUAAGCCAGUAGCACUCUGGACCAAGUGGGGUCGGCGGGGGCACAUCAAAGAGCCUGUGGGUACCCAUGGCCUGAUGAAAUGCCAGUUUGAUGGGCAGUUGAAGUCCCAGGACACAGUGCUGAUGACCCUGUACAAGCGGGUCUUCCCCAAAUGGAUAUAUAAUGCCCAUGUUCCAGGACUGGGCAAGAUGGGGGAGAGCGCCCUUUGCCAAGGAGAGGAAAUGGACUAGAAGCUGCCUGGCUUCAUU